GAGCACUCGUGCCCAGCCCACCGUGGACAUGGAUGUCUCCCCGCCAUCAAGCGAGCCUCCCUCGCUGCCUCUGAACCCCGACUCUCUGACCCUCCGCGACCCUUCACACCUGCUCCCGACCUCGACAGGUUCUAUCCCUACCGUCCAGACAUCCUGGAAGCAUCAGCCCAGGGAAUUAAUCGACUCACAAAUAGAAUACGAAGUUACGUACCUGAACAGCACGCGCAUCCAGGAGCUGCAUGGCACCGAGUCCACGAUGCAGUCCAUCCACAAAGUCCGCAAGCUCAUGGAGGCUCAGGAGCGCGAGGCGGCCGCUGAUGGCACCAAGCCUAGCUUGCCUGUGGACGUGGUGCUGGCCAUCUCUGCUGAUGGUGUCCGCUUCAUGACCAUUGGUGACAGGGACCACAUUUGCGACCACGAGAUCCGCACCAUCGAGGGCGUGUGUCAGGACGCUGACGACCUCAGCCACUUCGCCUACAUCACCGGCGACCGCCACGACCACAGCAAGCUGUGCCACGUCUUCAGGGUGCCUUCCAGGGAGAUGGCUACUGAAAUCAUCUUGACGCUCGGCAACGCUUUCGAAGUCGCCUUCCAGCUGUCUCAGCUGCAGCAGCCACAGCACCAGCAGCCACAGCACCAGCAACCACAGCAGCAGCAACCACAGCAGCAGCCCACCACCUUAACCCACCGGUCCCCCAGCCACACCCGCACCCGCUCCGACACCCACCCACGACCUGCCCUAUCUCUGGCACCCACCACCGCCGUCCCACCCCGCACCCACAACAGGAAGGACAGCGACCCCUCGGUCCCCCAGACCCACGGGUGCAGGGGGCCUAAGCCCCCCAUAGCUGCCCGCCGCCCCCACCCCCCCAACCUGACAUCAGAGCUACACUUGGUGCAGCUGAAAGCUUGUCCUCUAAGACGCUUGGUGCAGCUGAAAGGUUAUCCUCUGAGACACUUGGUUCAGCUGAACGGUUAUCCUCUGAGACACUUGGUGCAGCUGAAAAGUUGUCCUCUGAGACACUUGGUGCAGCUGAAAGUGUGUCCUCUGAGACACUUGAUGCAGCUGAAAGGUUGUCCUCUGAUACACUUGGUGCAGCUGGAAGGUUGUCCUCUGAGACACUUGGUGCAGCUGAAAGGUUGUCCUGUGAGACACUUGGUGCAGCUGAAAGGUUGUCCUCUGAGACACUUGGUGCAGCUGGAAGGUUGUCCUCUGAGACACUUGGUGCAGCUGAAAGAUUGCGGCAACGUAGGGAAAAUUCAGUCCAACGGACCUACACGUCACUGGAUCAGCAUGAUGAAGGACCGCAUAAGGAUGGCGGACGACGAAGGCGGUGUAUCAGCGUGUCCGUGGACCAGGAAGUCCUAA